CAUGGGUGGGAUGGUUGCUCUGGAAUUUGCCUGCAGCUAUCCUCAGAUGGUUAAUACACUGACCUUGGCAGUAACAAAUGCCGGCUUAACUGUGCCACCACUGCGCGGAAUGCUCACAUGCAGCAACUGCAAAACCAUGUUGGAUUUUUGUGUCCAACGGUAUAUUCGUUGGGAAAUGUAUACGCACCCAAUAUCGUUCCUGCCGUUUUUGAGCCAGGUUGGCGCUGUUAUCCGCCAUCAUAUUCUCAUUAUCACAGGUGAUCAGGACCACCUUGUGCGUAUAAGUAACUCAUUCUACAUUGCCAAGAAGGUCGGCCACAAAAACGUACGUUUCGAGCAGAUAGAGCACGCUGGUCAUGGCGUUAUGACCCAAUAUCCAGAGCGGGUUUCCCAGGUUACAAAGAACCGAUUACCCACCGUGGGCAUCAUUAAUAACGUCAAAGAGAAGGCAGACUAGUUCAACCAGCUUGAUAAGUGGAUGUCUUUGCUUUGUGGCCACUGCAUAAUCUGGAUCAACCAACCGUCUACUGCUAACUAGUUCUCUCGCAUAAAA